AUGGUGCGGUGGAACGAGCUAUUCAGUGGAGAUGGCGAUAGGCGACACAGAGUGCAGGAUGAGAUGAGCGCGCUCCUUCCCACGUCGCGUCGCGAACACCUUCCUCCUCCGCCUAUCGAUCCCAAAGACGUUACCAUUGUAGCUCUGCGAUUGAAGCACCAGAUCGAGCAAGUCGUACCGUGCGAACUCGAAGAGGAGCAGAUCACCAAGGCGCAUAGCAGCAUCAUCACCGACAAGGUGCUUGAGACGGCUAAGCAAGCAGGAGCUCCCGAACACAAUGCCUGUGUAGUUUUCUGCCUGUUGCAGGUGAAGAAGUGGUUUAAGAAACAAGCUACCGCAGAGCUGUGGGAUGCCGACCUCCACGAAGUCCGCGCCGUGGCGGCAGAGAUCAUGGCCAAGCGCCUGAUUGAGGCCGAGGAGGAUACCACAUACCUGUUUGAAGAGGUGCUGCUCAAGCGCUACUCGACACUCAUCGAUGGAGAGCCAACCACACCCGCCAAUGCCGUUGAAAAGGCCGUCGACCUCCACGCCGUAACGGUCAUCGGAUCAUCCGGCUACCAAAAGUGCAUCAACUACCUGUGGCGCGGCUGGGUCGUCCAGGACGACGAGGACCCCAGUCGCUUCGUCACAUACGAGAACAAGACCAACACCAGCUACUGGGCCCAUCUCGACCCCGAUCGCAUGCGCGUCCCCAAGUACCAGAACUGGGUGCAGAUUGCCGUGUCCAUCAUCUUCUUGGGUCUCUACACCGGUGCUAUCAACACCAUCAAUCCCUCUGGUGACCUGGAUGUCGUCGAAGGUCUGCUGUACCUCUUCACUUUGGGCUUCAUCUGCGACGAGGCGAACAAGUUCUGGAAGGUCGGACGGUUCUAUAUCUCCUUCUGGAACAUGUUCAACAGUACCUUGUACUCGCUUCUUACCGUCAGCUUCGUCUUGCGCAUGGUAGCUCUUGGGCACCCCAUCAGUGACGAGAAGGACACUCGACGCCAGUACCUGAACAAGAUGAGCUACGACUUCUUGGCUUUCACUGCGCCCAUGUUCUGGAUGCGUCUGCUGCUGUACCUCGACACCUUCCGCUUCUUCGGUGCCAUGCUCGUUGUACUCAAGGUCAUGAUGCGCGAGUCGCUCAUUUUCUUUAUGCUACUACUCGUUGUCAUGAUUGGUUUCUUCCAGGCCUUCAUUGGUCUGGACAUCGCGGACGAUCAGCUUGCUAACGACACUGUCUUCGUGUUCCAAGCCAUGUUGAACGCCGUCAUGCAAUCGCCUGAGUUUGAAGGCUUCGACAACUUCUCGCCUCCUUUCGGCAUCAUCCUCUACUACAUCUUUACCUUUGUCGUCAUGGUCAUCCUGCUCAACGUCCUCAUCGCUCUCUACAACUCGGCCUACGAAGACAUCACACAGAACGCUAUCGACGAGUACAUGGCUCUCUUCUCGCAGAAGACGAUGCAGUUCGUUCGCGCUCCCGACGAGAACGUCUUCAUCGCUCCGUUCAACCUCAUCGAGAUGUUCUUCUUGAUUCUUCCAUUCGAGUGGUGGAUGGACGAGAAGCGCUACGACAAGCUCAACGAUAUGGUCAUGGCAGUAAUCUACUCACCCCUCCUCGUCAUCACCGCCAUGUUCGAACAACAAGAAGCCUGGGUCGUCCGAGACAACCGCCGCCGCGGCGAAGACGACGAAGACACAACCAUGGAGUGGGAACAAAUCCUUGAUGGCUGUGACUUUGAAGCCGACGGCUGGGACAAGAAGGUUCAGGCCUCGCGUCCCAAUGUCGAGUUCGACACUGCGGUGUUGGAAGUCAGGCAGCUGAGGAAAGAAGUCAGCGAACUGAAGGACAUGAUGAAGAUGCUCAUCGAGGGCAAGAAGGAAGGCUGGGGCGGAGACACACUCGGCGAGAGCGGCCUAGCAAAAUUGGACGCAAGCAAACUGGGCAUGCAAGGCGAGAACAGCGAAAACGGGGGCGGAAGGGAUGAGUAA